GCUCGGCUCUGAAUGGCCGACCGGUUUCACAUUGGAUUCCUCCGUCCGUCGCACAACACCAUGCACUUGGCAGUGUCGGCGGCUGCCGCCGCUGUCUUCUUGGGAGGUUUCCUGGACACGACUGUACACGCUAUUGCCCCGAUUGAGAUCAAGGGCAACCGGUUGUUUGAAUAUGGCACGGACAAACCGUUCAUCGCUAAAGGGCUCGACUACUAUCCCCGCCCGAACGCAGGCCUCUUGAACAUCAACAACUUCGACUUCUUCACAGACGACCACGAGUCCAUCUGGAAGCCGCACGUGGCCGAGUUUAUCGCGCUGGGAAUAAAUGCCGUGCGUCUGUACGCUGUGGAUCCGUCCAAGAGCCACGACAAGUUCAUGUGUGCACUCUCGAAUGCUGGCAUUUACGUGUUGAUCGAUUUGGCGUCCAGUUGUGAGGAUUGUGCAAUCACAAAGGACCCAUAUCCUGCGUGCUACCCCGCACAUUUGAAGACGCGCGGCCAACAGAUCAUCGCGGCAUUCUCCAAGUACAACAACGUUUUGGCUUUCAGCGCAGGGAACGAAGUGAAUCACUACGUGUCGACAAUGGAGAUCAAUGCGCCGUGCCAGAAAAAGUUCAUCCGAGACAUGCGUGCGUACAUCAGCGGCUGCGACACCAACAUGCGCAACAUUCCCGUUGGAGUUGUCCUGGCUGACCACGAGCGAUCGAUUAACGCGCUCUACUACGCUUGCCGCACCGACCCGACGGAUGAGCUCGAAAAUGCAGAAUGGUACGGAUUGAAUGCGUACCUCCAGUGCGACCCGCUGGCGGCGCUGAACCCGAAAGAAAUCGGCGCGGGGUACCGCAACCUUCUCAGUGACUUCACGGCGUAUCAACUCGCGAUCCCCACGCUGCUGACCGAGUACGGCUGCUUGAAUGUCGGGUUUCCCACCGUUGAUGGUUAUGCUGCCCAACGAACAUGGCUCGAUGCAACCUGGUUACUCUCGCCGGCGUUCGCGGACGUGUUUGCCGGUGGCUUCGCGUUUGAGUUCUUGACGGAGAACCAAAAUUCCAAGGCCGACUCGCCGUACCCGUUCAAGACAUUUGGGGCGCAGAACUAUGGCCUGGGGUACUUUGAGCCGGAAGGGUGCGAUGCCGACUCGACGCCGUGCGUGUUCCAUCGUAUGCCCAACUUUGACUACCUUGCCAAACAGUAUAGCAACGCGACGAUGGACCAUCUCGUCGGGCGGUCUGCGUACACGCCAGCACACACGACACUGCCAAAAUGCCCCGCCGACGUGCCAUCCAUAUCUGGGGUCCUCUGGCCCGCCGACAAAGAAACGGAUAUGCUCUGCCCAGAUCUAACGCAAACGCCGUUGUGUCCUGGCGACGUCAUCAACACUGGCAAAGGCAGCACGAUAAAGCCAAGUGUCAAGACCGUGGUGCCAGUGAGAGGAGUGCCGACUGUGACGCCAUCGUCAUCGAUGGCUCCCCCCACUCAUGAAACCACACAAGGCACUUCUGCCGCUGCAGCGAGCAACAUGCUUGGUGUCAUCGUGAUGGCAGGAGCUGCGAUCUUUGCUGGAUAUGUAUGAGCUUGUAUUGCGAAGUGGCAGUCGAUCGAUCUGUGUCAAAAGGAUUCGUUUCGACAAAUACGAGCAGUUCUCUCUCCCCA